GGGUGGAGGGCUGGAGCCCGUCGGUCCUCCGGCUGCUCCGGGAGCCUCGGGGCGCGGCGCGGGCAUGGCUCGCCCGGCGUGGGGGUUGCUGUGGCUGCUGCUGGGCAGCGCGGGCGCGCAGUACGAGAAGUACAGCUUCCGAGGCUUCCCUCCGGAGGACCUGAUGCCUCUGGCCACGGCCUACGGCCACGCUCUGGAGCAGUACGAGGGCGAGAGCUGGCGCGAGAGCGCGCGCUACCUGGAGGCGGCGCUGCGGCUGCACCGGCUGCUGCGCGACAGCGAGGCCUUCUGCCACGCCAACUGCAGCGGCCCCGCCGCCUCGCAGCCCCGGCCCGCGCCCGGCCCGGACGAUGACAGCGACGGCGAUGGCGAGGACUGGGCGCGCGAGCUGCGGCUCUUCGGGCACGUCCUGGAACGCGCCGCCUGUCUGCGGCGCUGCAAGCGGACGCUGCCCGCCUUCCAGGUCCCUUACCCGCCCAGGCAGCUGCUGCGCGACUUCCAGAGCCGCCUGCCCUAUCAGUACCUGCACUACGCGCAGUUCAAGGCGAACCGACUGGAGAAGGCGGUGGCUGCGGCCUACACCUUCCUCCAGAGGAACCCCAAGCACGAGCUGACCGCCAAGUAUCUCAGCUACUACAGGGGGAUGCUGGAUAUCGGAGACGAGUCCCUUACCGACCUAGAGGCUCAGCCCUACGAGGCUGUGUUCCUCCGGGCUGUGAAGCUCUACAACAGCGGGGACUUCCGCGGCAGCAUAGAAGACAUGGAACGGGCCCUGGCUGAGUACAUGACAGUCUUCGCUCGGUGUCUAGCUGGCUGUGAGGGGGCCCACGAGCAGGUAGACUUCAAGGACUUCUACCCAGCCAUAGCAGAUCUCUUUGCAGAGUCCCUCCAGUGCAAGGUGGACUGCGAAGCCAAUCUCAUCCCCAAUGUAGGUGGCUACUUUGUGGACAAGUUUGUGGCCACCAUGUAUCACUACCUGCAGUUUGCCUACUACAAAUUGAACGAUGUACGCCAGGCCGCCCGCAGUGCUGCUAGCUACAUGCUCUUUGACCCCAAGGACAGUGUCAUGCAGCAGAACCUGGUGUAUUACCGCUUCCACCGGGCUCGCUGGGGCCUUGAAGAAGAGGACUUCCAGCCCCGGGAGGAGGCCAUGCUCUACCACAACCAGACCUCCGAGCUCCGGGAGUUACUGGACUUCACACACAUGUACCUUCAGUCAGAUGAUGAGAUGGAACUGGAGGAGACAGAACCACCCCCGGAUGAACCAGAGGAGUCAGAAGAACCCCUGUCUGAUGCUGAGUUUGAAGGGGAGGGUGACUAUGAGGAGGGCCUCUAUGCAGACUGGUGGCAGGAGCCAGAUGCCAAGGGCGACGAGGCUGAGGCUGAGCCAGAGCCUGAACUGGCAUAAGAGUGGCGCACGCCCUUAAUCCCAGCACUUGAGAGGCGGGCGGAUCUCUGUGAGUUCAAGGCCAGCCUGGUCUACAGAGUGAGUUCCAGGACAGCCAGGGCUGUUACACAGAGAAACCCUGUCUCAAGAAGCCAAAAAGAAAAAACAAAGAGCAGUGACAUGGUGCAUCCCACCCCUCAAACUCAGGGUACCAGGCUAGGAGCAAGAACUAUUUAUUAAAACUUAAAAUGGCCAGGAGUGGUGGCGCGUGCCUUUGACACCAGCACCCAGCGGAGGCAGAAGCAGGCAGAUCUCAGUUCUAGGCCAGCCUGGCCUACACAUCCAGGCCAGUGGAGGCUACGUAGUGAGAUCUUGUUUCAAAACAAAAACAGCUGAGUGUGGUAGCACAGGCCUUUAAUUCUAGCACUUGGAAUGCAGGGGUGGGUGGAUCUUUGUGAGUUCAAGGCCAGCCUGGCUCACAUAGCGAGUGCCAGACCAGUGGAGGCUUCGUAGUGAGACCGUUUCAAAAUAAAUAGAAAAACCUUAAAAGGGGCAUAGUUGGCCUAGCUCCCACCCAGACUCCACCCUACCUCUCUGUGUCCUUGAACCGCAGAAUGGUGGCCACGUUGCUGCUUGGCAAGUGAGCUGGUGGGGGGGUUGCCCCUGCCCCUUUCUGUUCCACAGCGGACAUCCUCCUGAGGAAGUUUUCGGCUUCUGGCUUGAGUCUCACAGGACCAAGGCCAGCCAGGUGACAGUUCUGACUGAGCUGCAGAGGGGGCUGAGGAACGUGGGGCUUGGAGCUCUGGUGCUCAAUAAAUGUUUAUUGUUGAAUGAA